CCCGGCGUCGCGUCAGGGCUGGCCGGUGGCGGCGGUGGCGGCGGCAGCGGAGGAGGCGAUGGCAGCGGACACCGAGCGGGCUUGAGAGCUCAGACUUGCUCCCUCCCGCGCGACCUCGGGCCCGACGCGGAGCUGCGGCCCGAGCUCGCUCCGCUCCUGCUCCCUCCCCGGCCGCUGCCUGGGCGGAGGCGGAGGCGGAGGCCCGGGCUGGCCGCCCUGCUCGUGCCCCGGCUCGGCCCCGGACGACCCGGCUGCUGUGCGGAGAGGAGGCCGAGUCGUGAAAAGAAAAUAUUGAAGAAUAGGAUCUCAAGAUGAGCAAAAAGCCCCCAAAUCGUCCUGGAAUCACUUUUGAGAUUGGUGCUCGUUUGGAGGCACUGGACUAUUUACAAAAAUGGUAUCCAUCACGAAUUGAAAAAAUUGACUAUGAGGAGGGAAAGAUGUUGGUCCAUUUUGAGCGCUGGAGUCAUCGUUAUGAUGAAUGGAUUUACUGGGAUAGUAACAGAUUGCGACCCCUUGAGAGACCUGCAUUAAGAAAAGAAGGGCUGAAAGAUGAGGAGGAUUUCUUUGAUUUUAAAGCCGGAGAAGAAGUUCUGGCUCGUUGGACAGACUGUCGCUAUUACCCUGCCAAGAUUGAAGCAAUUAACAAAGAAGGAACAUUCACAGUUCAGUUUUAUGAUGGAGUAAUUCGUUGUUUAAAAAGAAUGCACAUUAAAGCCAUGCCUGAGGAUGCUAAGGGGCAGGUGAAAUCCCAGCAUCCACUAAGCUGGUGUUGUCCUAUCGACCCAGCUGGAUCGUGUAACCAGUCUAUGGGAAGUGAGGAUUGGAUAGCUUUAGUCAAAGCAGCUGCUGCAGCUGCAGCCAAGAAUAAAACAGGGAACAAACCUCGAACCAGCGCUAACAGCAAUAAAGAUAAAGAGAAAGAGGAGAGAAAAUGGUUUAAAGUACCUUCAAAAAAGGAAGAAACUUCAACUUCCGUAGCCACUCCAGAAGUUGAGAAGAAGGAAGAUCUGCCCACAUCUAGCGAAACAUUUGGACUUCAUGUAGAGAACGUUCCAAAGAUGGUCUUUCCACAGCCAGAGAGCACAUUAUCAAACAAGAGGAAAAAUAAUCAAGGCAACUCCUUUCAGGCAAAGAGAGCUCGACUUAACAAGAUUACUGGUUUGUUGGCAUCCAAAGCUGUUGGGGUGGAUGGUGCUGAAAAAAAGGAAGACUGCAAUGAAACGGCUCCAAUGCUGGAGCAGGCGAUUGCACCUAAACCUCAAAGUCAGAAAAAAAAUGAAGCUGACAUUAGCAGUUCUGCCAACACUCAGAAACCUGCACUGUUAUCCUCAACUUUGUCUUCAGGGAAGGCUCGCAGCAAGAAAUGCAAACAUGAAUCUGGAGAUUCUUCUGGGUGUAUAAAACCCCCUAAAUCACCACUUUCCCCAGAGUUAAUACAAGUCGAGGAUUUGACGCUUGUAUCUCAGCUUUCUUCUUCAGUGAUAAAUAAAACUAGUCCUCCACAGCCUGUGAACCCCCCUAGACCUUUCAAGCAUAGUGAGCGGAGAAGAAGAUCUCAGCGUUUAGCCACCUUGCCCAUGCCUGAUGAUUCUCUAGAAAAGAUUUCUCCUCCCUCUCCAGCCACUGAUGGGAAAGUAUUCUCUAUCAGUUCUCAAAAUCAGCAAGAAUCUUCAGUACCAGAGGUGCCUGAUGUUGCACAUUUGUCACUUGAGAAGCUGGGAUCUUAUCUUCCUCUUGACUUAAGUCGUGGUUCGGAAGUUACAGCACCGCUAGCCCCAGAUCCCUCUUACCAUAAUGAAUGUCUCAGGGCAGAAAAGGGAGAAACACAGAUGCUUACAAAUCCUUCUUCCAAAGCAAUAACUGAUGGAAGAGGAGCUCCAACAGCAUCAGGAAUAUCGAAAACAGAAAAAAAAGUGAAAUUGGAAGAAAAAAGCUCAACAACAUUUGGUAAGAGAAAAGAAAAGGAUAAAGAAAGAAAAGAGAAGAGAGACAAAGAUCACUACAAACCAAAACAGAAGAAGAAGAAGAAAAAGAAAAAGAAAUCUAAGCAGCAUGACUAUUCAGACUAUGAAGACAGUUCCCUAGAAUUUUUGGAAAGGUGCUCUUCUCCACUAACUCGAUCUUCUGGGAGUUCUCUGGCUCUGCGAAGCAUGUUUACGGAGAAAAAUACAACAUAUCAGUACCCAAGGGCAAUUUUGUCAGUUGAUCUUAGUGGUGAAAACUUAUCAGAUAUGGAAUUCCUAGAUGAUUCUUCAACCGAGAGUUUGCUUCUAAGUGGAGAUGAGUACAAUCAGGACUUUGAUUCAACCAAUUUUGAGGAAUCUCAGGACGAAGAUGAUGCUCUUAAUGAAAUUGUGAGGUGCAUUUGUGAAAUGGACGAGGAGAACGGCUUCAUGAUUCAGUGUGAGGAGUGCCUGUGCUGGCAGCACAGCGUGUGCAUGGGGCUGCUGGAGGAGAGCAUUCCAGAGCAGUACAUCUGCUACAUCUGCCGAGACCCUCCUGGUCAGAGGUGGAGUGCAAAAUACCGUUAUGAUAAGGAUUGGUUGAAUAAUGGGAGAAUGUGCGGGUUAUCGUUUUUGAAAGAAAAUUAUUCUCAUCUCAAUGCCAAAAAGAUAGUUUCCACACAUCACCUGCUUGCUGAUGUCUGUGGUGUUACAGAAGUUCUGCAUGGGCUACAGCUGAAGAUCGGGAUACUGAAGAAUAAACAUCAUCCUGACCUUCAUCUCUGGGCUUGUUCUGGGAAGCGAAAAGACCAAGAUCAAGCAAUUGCUGGGGUAGAGAAAAAAAUAACAGUGCAAGACAUAGUUAAUCUAGAAGAAAAGAAAUAUGUACAGAAUCAUAAAGACCCACCUCGUUUGCCCCUAAAAAUGGAAGGAACUUACAUAACAAGCGAGCACAGCUACCAAAAGCCACAAAGUUUUGGUCAAGAUUGCAAAUCUCUUGCAGACCCUGGGAGCUCAGAGGAUGAUGAUGUCAGUAGUUUUGAAGAAGAACAAGAAUUCCACAUGAGAGAGAAAAACCGUUUACGAUACUCAGUAAAAGAAGAUGGAAUGCUUGAAAAGAAUCCAGCUGAAAAGAAUCUGGUAUUUGUUUAUAAUGAUAAAAAGGGCACUGAAGACCCAGGAGACUCUCAUCUUCAGUGGCAGCUCAAUCUCCUUACACACAUAGAGAACGUGCAGAAUGAAGUUACCAGCAGGAUGGACCUGAUAGAAAAAGAAGUCGAUGUUCUUGAAAGCUGGCUUGAUUUCACAGGGGAGUUGGAGCCACCUGAUCCUCUCGCAAGACUGCCCCAACUGAAACGCCACAUCAAACAGCUCCUAAUGGACAUGGGCAAAGUACAACAAAUAGCAACUCUUUGCUCUGUAUGACAGCAGGGAGAACUCUGAUGACAAGAAUGUGAUCCUUCAGUUAAAUCGUCUCUGUUAUCCAUGUGACUGCUGAGUGGAUGGUUAAAAUGUUUAGUGAUGGUUGGUCAUUUACUGAUUUGUGACAUCAGUAGGAUGGCACCUUGGAAGGGAAAGUGAAGAACAACUUUAUCAAGGAAGCUGAUAUUUAAAAAUUUAUGAGCAAGCUAUUAAUGAUAGUGUGUUGUCUGCCAAGGCUCAAUGAACUAGAAUGUAAUCUAUACUGAGGGAAUUGAAUUGGCAGGAUUUUUGAGUAGUUGCUUACAUGAAGCUUGAGAUACCUGUAGAAAGAAAUAUGGUGCAUUUAUAUAGUUUUUAGUAGAAAGAUCCAUGUUUGUAAACCAGCAUUUGGCCAAAACCAAAAUUGUAGAGGAAAUUUAAAUUCUGGAGAGUUCUGUAAGGUUGCUGUAAGAACUGUCUUCUUUGUGGUUGAUCCAGCUACACUGAAGUUUAGAGUGUGUAAACUUUUAUAGGAUCAUGAGCUCUUUCUUAGGUGAUGAAUGUCCUUAAUCAGAAAACUGACAACAGAAGUCUCACUUCUGGGGAAAACAAUUGUGAAAUUCCUACUUCAUUAUGAAUAUAUUUUUAAAACGAACACCAAAUAAUUGGAAUUUAUUGCAGGCAUUAAGCUCAUUAGAACAAAGUGUCUUACAGAAGGGUCAGUGUGCCAAAUGAUGAUGAUACUGCUGGAAUGAGAAUUUCAAUGUUGGGGGAGUCCUCUCAGCCUCACGCUCGCUCCCACCGUCAGUCCAUCAGAAACGUGAGGACCAUGUGUCCCAGACAGACGCGGAUGGUCGAAUUCGGUAUUCAGGCCCCAACCUGCAGUCUGAUCCUGAGUCUGCGUGGUGUUUGCCUUCAGAAGAGAAACUAAAUCACUUCACCUGGGAUGAGGAGUGACAACUGGAUCAAAAUAAUUUCUGGCUGUGGAUUUUUUAACUGCUGGUAGUGGAAUACUGGGAAAGCUUCAUUUCUGAAGAUCAGUUUUAUUUUUAAAAAAUACAUGCGCACUCAAAACUUGAGCUUUGAUCACAAAUGGACAAAUUCCUGAAACCAAAGGCAACUAAGUUGCUGCGUUAGCUCUUGCUGGAUGUCGAGCCCAGGCCCUCCGUGUGCCAGUGCCCUAGUGAGCUGUGUGCCGCCCGCUACACACGCAGGUGUGCGUGAGCCCAUGUGCUUGUUUGAAACACUCACCGUACAUAUGUACAUAAUCGACACAUAUUUAUAUCUACACAUAUCUAGUUUUAUUACUAUAGACUAUAAGAAUUGGUGGUUAACAUGAAAUGUUACCUUUUAACAGACUUUUUAAAAAUUAGAAAUGUAUGUACAGGUUUUGAAACUUUUUUAAAAAGAGGAAAAAAGACUGUUAAGAGGAGGCUAUUUGCUGACAUAUAACACUUGAAUAUUUUAUGCCUCAUCCUGUUUGUCAGUUCUAGCGAUCUGUAUAAAUGCAUUUUAGAACUGAUGGACAGUAAACUUGAAUUUAUCUUUGAUAAGAAUACAUGCCACUGUACAUUCAGAUGUUAUUUAAAUUUUCACACACACUGUUCUAUAUGUAAGGUACUGUAUGUAAAACUCUUUAUUAAAAUGAUUCCACAUAUCCUAAAAUUUCAGCUUGCCUCUUUGCGGCCUUAUAUUUUGAUGUAAAGAUGAUUAAAAGAUUGUGCAAAACAGUCAUUAGAGAUUUUUAUUGCUUUUUGAGAUUCUCCAACUUGACAAAUGUGCCAAAGAUCAACAGACAUAAAAAUACAGUCCUGUAUAUUUACUGUAAUACAUUAACUUUGUCAGACAUCUUACUGAGAAAUGAAAAGCUUUAGUAGAGGUGAUAUUAUGGGGUAGUUGCUUAAAUUUGCAUAUUAAAGUUAAAAAAUGGUGCCUAUAUUCCAUGUGUGGAGUAAACUUGCUAAUGUUUGUAUUUCAAGAUUGAUACUGUAUCUCUUUCAUUUGUCUUUGAAAAUAAUGGCUCUAAUCUUUUCCCUAUUGUGUUUAAAUUCUAGACAUUGAAUUUAUAUCUUCCUUUUUUCACAAAUGGAGCAAAUAGCAUCCUUAACCUAUGAAUCGUGAUGUUGCCUAGAUUCUUGUCACAUACACAGGAGACCCUUUGUAGCCAGCACUGCUCGUCUUCUCAGUCCCUGGUGACCAUGGUUAUUAAUGCACAUUUGCUCAUGUAUAUCUAAAAUUAGAUCAUUUUAUUUGUUAGCCAGCAAACUGGAAGUCCCAUUAAUAAUUAGAUUACUAAAACUUUUGCUCUGCUUUUAUGUAUAUGAAUUGGAAGUCUGAGUUUUUUAUUUUAGAUUUUUAAAUCUAUAUCAAAUUAUUUGUAUGCACAUAUCCAUCGUUUAAUAUAAAGUGUAUCAACAGUUGGUUGAAGCCUUUUAGCAACUAGUGGGCUGAGCCAUUCCUUAUUAAAGAGAGAGAAUUCAGUUUUGAAAAGCUCAUUGUGAGAGGUUUCAGAUGAGUUGAUUUUCUUUCCACUUAGUCUUACUUAAAAAAAUAAACUAUAUAUUUAAGUAUAAGCAAUAAACUAGAGAGGGUGUUUCUUGAAAAGAUAACUUUUUAUUGCUGCCCAGACAGAACAGAAUGAGCAUUGUCGGGGAGGGAGCCUACUUAGUAUGUUACUGAUAAAUAUAAUUUGUGUUCCUCAUACUUGUGUGUGGUUCUACUGACUUUUUAUUUUCAAAUUUAAGAGUGAUGCACUCUUUUCCUUAAAGAAACUUGGUUAUUCUGAUAAUUUCAGGUAAAGCCCCUUUUCCUGACACUCACCUCAUUUCCACUAACUUACUUCCUCUCAGAUAUGCAUGUUCCACAUAUUCAAAAUGAAGCACUCCAUUUCCCCGCCAGUCAGCUGGAUCCCCUGCCGACUUCACUGUCUGCUGAGAGCCCUGGCCUGAAACUCACAGUCCCGCCCCUGCCCCAUGUCCAUUCACCACUAGAUGUGCUGGUCCCUCAAAAUGGGUGGUGUCAUCUUCCUCCUUUCAGUCCCACGAGUUGUCCACCAUGUUUUAUAAAGUCAUGUCCUGGAGGUAUUACUGCUGGCCUCUGAAAUACUACCUUUGUCUUCAUUCUAAUUCAUCAGAAUGGUCACUGCCAGGCCAGAGGAUUCACGCUUACCGAGUGCCUGCUCUUUGCUGGGUAUUGCACGUGUUACCUACAGUAUCUAAUUUAAAAUACAUAAAGCAAGAUCAUUUUCAAGAUGGGGAAGCUGAGGUUUAGCGACAUUUAGGAACUUGUCCUGGGUAAGACUUAAGUGGCAGGUUCAAGGUGCAAGCCCUGUGCCACUCAAGCUCAUGUUCUUUUCCCAGCAGGUGUGUUUCAACUAUAAUUGUCAUUUCUGAUUUCUCCUCUGAAACAGCUAGUACCCCUAUUUCUAACCAAAUACGAUUGCGUCAUCUGGCUCUUCUGUCCUUUACUUAACCAAUUCUCAAGUUCAUUUAAACGUGGCCUCUCUUUUAGAACAACCAUGCUCGUUUCCAUCUCUUGCCUUCAUAUCACUGCCCACUUCUGGAAAAUUCUGUGUUUUCUGUGUCUCUACAAACCCAAACAACUCUUCAAGCUUUAAUUUCUCCUCCUAAGAGGAGCAGUCCAUAAUUGAAGACCUCUUACGGUCUCCUGCAAUGUGCCAAGCUAUGGAGGAACUAGUCAGCGAAUAGUAAUUUGCUGUAGUGGAAUGGCAUGAACUUUGCAGUCCUGUGCUCAGAUUUUCACUCUGGCGGUUUGUGAGCAGUGGUCCCUCUUGAGCUUUGGUUUCCUUAUCUAUAAGAUGGGAGUAAUUCCUAACUUAGAACCAUGUUUUGAGAGUUAAAUGAAGCAAGUGAAGUACCUAAAAGCUCUUACUAAACUAUGAAGUUGGAAAUUAAAUGUAGUAGACAUAUUGAGUGUCAUCUGUGUGCCAGCCAUUAAGUUACAUGGCUGGAUAUGGAAUUAACGUUACUAAGAUCAUAGUCUAUAGGCUAAUGGAAACAAAAAACAUUUUCAAUGAGAUAGAUGAUAUCAAAGAGUACAAGGAACCAAAGAGGCAAAAGAAGGGAAAGGUAAUUAAAUUGUAGGUGGAAGGGUUUGGGGGAAAUGGAAUGUGUAUGUUAAUUAAAACAGUGGUCUUUGAAUGUUUCUGACUGUGACCUCUCUAUAGGAAUUUUGAAAAUUAUAAUCCAUUCCUGGUACCUAUUGUCUUUGGAUACCCCUGAAAGGACUUCAGUGUGUUAGUUUAGUUAAGAGAUCAUCCAAGGAAGUUGGAGUGAGGAAGAGGGAAAAGUGGGGGAGGCGAGGAGAAGCCUAUGUGCACAACUGAGGUCGCUGCUGUGGACAAUGGGGCUUUGAUUCUGCCAUUUGAAAUUGUUCUUCAGAAAUUUAAACAAUUGCACAGGAUGUGAUUUCCAGUUUGUAAAUAUUGGCAUAUUAAAAUCAACCUGUUAUCAUUUUUAAAUGUAUGCAAAAGAAUCAUACAAUUUUGCUACUUACCAAUAUCUAUUUUAAAAAUACAUGAGCAAGCUCUUCCUUAACAUUUGGAAAUCUUACAUAUUUGUAUAUUCUCUUUUUUUGCUUUUUCAUUUUACUUGCCGAUAGAAUGUUAUCUUCUUUUAUACUUACAGGUCUUUAUCUAUCAUCCUCUCAUACUUUGGUCAACACACACAAAAAGUAGUAAAUUGCAAUUUAAAAAUGUAUUUAUAGGCUUCCUAAUAGAGUAUCAAAAUACAGGAAGCAAACACUACGAUCACUGAAUAGAAAAUGGAAAAACCUACCAUUUUAGUUCAAGAUUUCAGUCCUCCUUUAACACUAAGUGAUGGAACAAGUAGACAGAAAAUCAGGAUAUAGAAGACUUGAACAAAAAUGAACACUCAACUUGACAUAAUUGACAUAGAACAUUCCAGCCAACAACACAAGAAUAAAAAUUUCAAGUGAACAAGGAACACUCAAAAAGAUGGACUAUAUCCUGGGCUAAAAACAGGUCUCAAUAUAUUUGAAAUAAUUGGAAACAUGUAUAGUAUGUUCUGUGGUGACAAUGGAAUUAAACUGGAAAUCAAUAUUAGGAAGAAUUGUGGGAAAAAAAACUAAAAUGUUUGGAAAUUAUCAGUGUACUUGUAAACAACUCACGAGUCAAAAAAGUUACAAGUAAAACUAGAAAAUUUUUAAUUGAAUGAAAAUGGAAACACAAGGUGCUAAGAUUUGUGGGAUGCAGCUCAAGCAAUAUUAGAGGGAAAUCUAGUUUUAAAUGCUUAUAUUAAAAAGAAAGUUACACGGA